AUGUCGAUGGAACAGUGGGCAGUGCCUCGGCUUUCGCUGCUCCUGCCGUUAGAGGAAGGCCAUCUCAAAGAGGUCGUCUCGUACACAAACACUUUAUCGGACGAAGAAGCAGCAAAACAUCUUUCUCAGUUGCUUGGAGAUUCGGGUCCAGCAGCGAGUUUAAUCGAAGAGUUCAUACAGAGGCGAAAAGAACAGCCCGACGGAACUUCAUUGGAUUUCAAACCCAGCACAUCUGCUUUGCCGCAAUGUCCCCCUUCAAUCCGUUCAGGGCAUUCUGAUGAGGUGAAGACGAGCCAUAUCGCGAAGAAUGGCCAGUCUCCAGCACCGCCGGCCUAUACCCCAACAGGCGCACUCACAGAAAGGCAAAACGUUGCGUCCGGAUACAGACACACAAACCCAGUCAUCGAAGCAGCUCAACUACGGGCAGUGGACGAACAGGAAAUGCAGCAAGCCCUUCAGACUCUCCAAUAUCAAUAUGGAAUCUAUAACACUGAGAUUGAACCAGAACACGACACAGACAACUACUGCGCCUGUCCGAUCCACCAGUACCUGCGUAUGAAGCGAGGUAGAUAUCGUGUACAGGAGAAGUGGAGCAAAGCCGUCAUGUAUCCCGGAGAGAAAGCGUAUAACGACGGAUGGACGACCAAUGGCGCGACCGGACUUUUCAGCAGUAACCCGUAUGCCAAUCGUGUGGUCUCUCCUUUUGGGUACAGCUAUUCUCGACAAUAUCUCUGGGGACCGCAGCGGCCAGUUCCCAGCUAUCAUGCUCGCUCGAUUCACCAAACGAUUGAGCUGAAUAACAUGUUCAAUCAGCAAGCACAGGCAAAUGUGGCAGCACAAGAACCGAAGCAUAGUGUUUGGGAUGAUGAAGAAGCCUUGGAAAAGGCCAUGGCCAAUCUCACAAUGACUAGCAGCAUUCCGAGGUCCGAGAAGCCAGGCAGUCGUUCAGCAAAAGACACUCCGACAGAGAAGCCCAAACCAUCAAGAAUGGCGAGCUUUCGUCGGUCCAUUGGCAUCAAAUCUGCAGAUGAGAAAGCAGUCGGCAAAGUUUUGAAGUCAGUAGGGAAGGGAAAGUCUUUGAGAGAUCAAAUUCUGGCCGAAGAACAAGGCAGAUGGCCUGAUGAUCAAUGGCGACAGCUUGUGAACGUGUACCAAGAAAAAGUGGGAAUGAUACGAAUGAUCGCUGAUCUCAGAGCACGGUGUCCCAUCCAGUACUUGCACCUACUGCGUGCGGGUUACUUUGAGCCCAUCCCUGUAGCAUGGGCAGAUCAGGCGUCCAAUCCUCUGAAAUUCAGCAUUGAAGCUGCGGCUGGAUGGAGAGGCAUCACACCUGCAUGGCGUGGAUAUGAGGACACUGCCGAAGAGAGAUUGUAUUGGGUAUUGAACCACCGAGAAGGGAGUGUUGGCAUGAGAAUGAAACCAGACUUUAUCUCAGAGAUGAACAUGGCGAGAGCGAGAAUGGCAACGGCUGUUGAACCGCCGCCAAUGUACUUCUCACCAAACGAUACUUGCCACCUCCAGCAUACAUCAUCCGGAUACUCCAAACAGGUGAUGCCAUCUCUAUUCAAGCCAUUUGACCAGCCCGAAAAGCCCACAGAUGACACCAUGAUCCUUUUAGAUGUCUCCGGUUCCAUGGAUUUCGUGCCUGUGAGGCCAUUAUACGAUCAGUAUCUKAUCACUGACUAUGUCAAGUCCCACCAGCCAAAGAACAAAGAUGUUGCCAAAGCCAUCAUCCGCCGCUUCACUGAUGCCAUGGAGAACCACGACCAUCAGUUUUCGGGAUAUGACCUGACCACAUUCUCCACUCACGCAAGCUACAUAGGGACAAUCAACCACCGUAACUUCGACCAUAUGUGGCAGAAUGUCAAACUUGGAGGAGGAACACGGGUCAUGACCGGAUGGCAAAAGGUUAAGGAUCUCCACUUCCGGAAACACGCAGAAUCAGCCACUCACCACCCAGUAUAUGGCUGGCAGGCCGGUCCACAGACACCUAUGCUCCGUCUUCUCCUACUGUUGGACGGCGAGGCAACCGACAUGGAUGAGUUUGAGCUUGAUCUACUUGGAUUGAGCUGGGCCCAUGUAACCAUCUUCUUGAUCGGUGUGGAUGGCUGUCCGCAUCAUCAUCGACAUGCCAAUGAGCUGCAAAGGAUCAGUGAUGUGAAUCAUCAUGUCAGUUUUGUGGAUGCACAAGGGAAUUGUCCAGAAAGGUUUGUAACGCAUGAGUUGUUGAAGAGACAUCUGGGGUAUGAAGUGAGUAUGCAGGAAUUUGAAGCCAUGGAAGAGUUGCCACCUUACGAGGCGUAA